CGGCCAUGGCGGCGCCGGCGGAGCUGAGCGCGGAGCGGCUGCGGGCGCUGCCCGGCAGCUGGAGUUACGGGAUCAGCCAGGGCGGCCGCGUCUUCUUCAUCAACGAGGAGGCGAAGAGCACGACCUGGCUGCACCCGCUCACCGGAGAGGCCGUGAUCACCGGGCACCGCCGCAGCGCAGACUUACCCACAGGCUGGGAGGAAGCUUAUACUUUUGAAGGUGCAAGAUAUUAUGUAAAUCAUAAUGAGCGAAAAGUAACCUGCAAACAUCCAGUAACAGGACAGCCCUCCCAGGACAACUGUAUUUUUGUUGUGAAUGAACAGACUGCUGCAGCUAUGACAUCUGAAGAAAAGAAGGAGCGACCAGUAAGCAUGAUAUGUGAAGCAACUAACUAUAAUUUGACAUCAGAUUAUGCUGCUCAUCCCAUGAGCCCUGUGGGCAGAACAUCUCGAUCUUCAAAGAAGGUUCAUAAUUUUGGAAAGAGAUCAAACUCAAUAAAGAGGAAUCCUAAUGCACCUGUAGUCAGACGUGGCUGGCUCUACAAGCAGGACAGUACUGGAAUGAAGCUGUGGAAGAAACGGUGGUUUGUGCUCUCAGAUCUGUGUCUCUUCUAUUACAGAGAUGAGAAAGAAGAAGGAAUAUUGGGUAGCAUACUUCUACCCAGUUUUCAGAUAUCUGUACUUGCUCCUGAGGACCAUAUUAACCGCAAAUAUGCCUUUAAGGCAGCUCAUCCAAACAUGAGGACCUAUUAUUUCUGCACAGAUACAGGGAAGGAAAUGGAGUUGUGGAUGAAAGCCAUGACAGAUGCAGCACUUGUGCAGACAGAGCCUGUGAAAAGAGUAGAGAAGCUAACCACUGAAAACACACCACCUCGAGAGGCAAAUAAUAUUUCAAACCACCGGGUGCUAAUUAAGCCGGAGACACAAAAUAACCAGAAAAAUAAAGAAGUAAACAAAAAUGAAGAGAAGAAAGCUUUGGAAGCUGAAAAAUACGGAUUCCAGAAAGUUGGGCAAGACAAACCGUUGACAAAAAUUAACAGUGUAAAGCUAAAUCCUCUGGGUUCGGAAUACAGGACCUUACCCACUAGCACAGUUCAGGCUGGACACAUCAGGCCGGUUCAUUUGAACGGGUCUGAAAACAAAGCUGUUGGCGUUGUCCUGGCAGACACGGGAGAUGGAGGUCAGCACAACGCAAUUCAGUCGCAUAUGGAGUCGGAACGAGUCAUGCAGAGAACCAACUCAAUGCUGCAGCUGGAACAGUGGAUUAAAAUACAAAGAGGAAAAGGGCAAGAAGAGGAAACAAGAGGCAUAAUCUCAUAUCAAACAUUACCAAGAAACAUGCCAAGCCAUCGACCUCAGGUUUUACCCCGGUACCCGGAAGGCUACAGAACGCUGCCCAGGAACAGCAAAGCGCGGCCGGAGAGCGUCUGCAGCGUAACGCCGUCAGCUUACGACCGGACUGUGGGGCCAGCGACUGCCGAGGAGAAACGAAGGUCGAUGCGCGAUGACACGAUGUGGCAGCUCUACGAAUGGCAGCAACGUCAGUUUUACAAUAAGCAAACAACUCUUACGAGACACAGUACGUUAAGUAGUCCCAAAACUAUGAUUAAUAUUUCUGAUCAAGCAAUGCAUUCAAUUCCCACCUCACCUUCUCAUGGUUCAAUAGCUGGUUUCCAAGGAUAUUCCCCACAGCGGACCUACAGAUCGGAAGUUUCUUCGCCAGUGCAAAGGGGAGAUGUAACUAUUGAUCGCAGGCACAGGACACAUCAUACUAAGCAGGUCUUUCUGCCUGACAGAAGGUCAAUGCCAGCAGGUCUGGGUUUGCAGCCCAUUACUCCUCAGAGCCUCCAAGGCAAAACACCAGAGGAGCUCACGCUGCUGCUAAUAAAGCUGAGACGGCAGCAAGCUGAACUGAGUAGUAUCCGGGAACACACACUAGCACAGCUCAUGCAGCUAAAACUUGAGGCCAGCAGCCCAAAGAAUGAGAUUCUUUCACAUCACCUUCAAAGGAAUGCCAUAUAUUUGGACCAUCAGAUGAAAGAGAAUGAACCUUUAAUCACCAUGGUUCACACUAUGAUUGAGAACUCGGCGCUAAGACCGCAACUGUACCAUCAAUUAACACAAGAAGAUUGUAGGGGUACACUAUACAAAUAUAGAACUGAAGAGCUGGAUAUUGAUGCUAAGCUUAGCCGCUUAUGUGAACAAGAUAAAGUUGUACAAGCGCUGGAAGAGAAGCUUCAACAGCUACACAAGGAGAAAUACACGCUUGAACAAGCUUUGCUAUCAGCAAGCCAAGAGAUAGAAAUGAAUGCAGAUAACCCAGCAGCCAUACAAAAUGUAGUCUUACAGAGAGAUGACUUACAGAAUGGACUACUUAGCACCUGUCGAGAAGUGUCUCGAGCUACUGCAGAACUGGAAAGAGCUUGGAGGGAAUAUGAUAAAUUAGAGUAUGAUGUAACAGUAACAAGGAACCAUAUGCAGGAGCAACUCGAUCGACUUGGAGAAAUUCAGACUGAGUCAGCAGGGAUACAGCGUGCUCAAAUUCAGAAGGAAUUGUGGAGAAUUCAAGAUGUCAUGGAGGGUUUAAGUAAACAUAAACAGCAAAGAAGCUCUUCAGAAGCAGGCAUGAUUGGAUCAAGGACCUUUUCAACUAUUAAGUAUAAAAAUGAGGAAGAGGAAGUAGUCCCACCUCGUCCUCCACUCCCUCGGUCCUAUGACUUUACAGAGCAUCCUCCCAUAAUUCCCCCUCUGCCCAGUGAUAGCAGCUCCUUGCUCUGUUAUAGCAGGGGCCCAGUACAUCUGCCAGAAGAAAAGAAGAUUCACCAAGUUCAAGGAUAUCAGAGAAAUGGAUCUCACUGUGGUCCUGAUUAUAGACUUUAUAAGAGUGAACCAGAGUUAACUACAGUAGCAGAAGUGGAUGAGUCUAAUGGCGAAGAAAAGUCGGAACAAAUUUCAGAAUCUGAAUCUACAGCUAAAGGCUCGCAUUUUCCUGUGGGAGUUGUACCGCCUAGAACCAAAUCACCAACUCCAGAAUCUUCAACAAUAGCUUCUUAUGUGACUUUAAGGAAGAAUAAGAAGAUAGAUUUAAGAACGGAAAGACCAAGAAGUGCAGUGGAGCAGUUGUGUCUUGCAGAAAGUGCUCGGCCUCGAAUGACUGUGGAGGAACAGAUGGAAAGAAUAAAAAGGCACCAACAAGCUUGCCUAAGAGAGAAGAGAAAAGGACUAAAUAUUAUUGGUGUUUCAGAGCAGUCUCCAUCACAGAGCCUGCCUUUUGUCAGAGAUAAUCCUUUUAAGUUGAUACAGAGUCGAAAAAAGGAUGACAGUGUACCUAGUAACACAGAGAGUACCAUUAAAGAUAAUUUGAAACAAAAUAAUGAAAGUCCUGGAGAAGAAAUAGCACAACUAAAAGAUGAUGGAGCACAAGAACAUAAUUCAGAUUUUACUGAAGAGCUGACAAAAACUGAUGAUCUUUUAUCGGAUGCACAUGUUGUAGCUGACUCAAAAGAAGUGAAUAAUGAAGAGAAAGCAGAGAAGGAAAAGAAAAAUAAGUUGGAAGACACACAUGACGGUGAUAUAAGCUUGCAGAAUGUGACCACAGUUACAAACCACAAACCUAAAACCCGUUCAGAAGAAAGUGAAAUAGUCAGCAUUCAAGAACAAGAAGGGAUUAUUUCUUCAUUUGAAUUAGCAGCACAGUCUUCAAAAGGAAGUCAGACAACAGCAGUGAAAAGUUUGCCUUCUUCACCAGAAUCGUCAUUGUCACCAGCUUCAUCUACACAACCACAGCUCACAGAAGGAUCACAUUUCAUGUGUGUAUAGUUACAGAGAACACUAACGGCUUCUGUUGAAACAAUUCAUGCCUGAGAUGUAUGGACCUGACCUAUGGAAAUGUGAGAAGAUAUUGUACAGUAUAUUUUAAAUCUAUGAAAUUCAUAGUUCUGAUGCUUUUGGCCACAAAGCAUCAUUUUAUCACUUCCUGGAAAAUGUUUAUUCCAAGAGAGCUUUAAAUGGCCCAUAUGUACACUCAACAACCUUCAGAUUGUUCUCCUGAUACCAGCUUGCUGCUAUGAUUUCUGUGCACAUAAAAUAAAGGUUCUAUUUAAUGUGCAGCCUACAGUCAGAAUUUUAUUUGAUAUUUUCCUGAAUUUAGUGUUCUUUUAAUUAUGCAUCAUAUAAAUUUGCUUUUGCUUCUUUUAGAUGCAUAAUAAAUCAGUUAAUUUUACAUAUCACCACUAAACCUUGUUUCACACUUUUUAACACUACAAUGCAUUGUUUCAACAUUUAUUUGUAAAAGUUUUUAUAUAUAUAAAUAUAUAUAUAUACAUAUAGAUAUAUUUAAAAUGUGCCAUUUUUAUUAUUGCUUAGUAAAAUAUGUCCUGUUUCUGCUGUAAUUAUUUCUUGGUCAGGUUGCAAUGUCAGCAGUUACUGCCACACUUCUGUCAACAUAUACAUUAAUGUUAGUGCUUUUUUUUUCUUAAAUAAAAUGGAGUGUAGGUAUUUUGAGGUACUGGGCUUUUCCUUUGUUGGGUUGGGGUGUGUACAGCAAUAAGCAGCUUUUCAAUCCAGUACUUAGUUUGUGUACAAAUGUAAUUAUGUUCAUUGUGUAUAUAUUAUACAAUGAGCACAUCUGAUGUAAGUAUAAGAAGCUACUUAUUAUUGUUCAAAUGCAAAUGUUCAUAUCUCAUUUCUUUUAUAUCAUAUUAAAUAAAUGUUGAUGUUCUUAAGGACUUGUUAGUAUUUUUUCCAGCCAACAGCUGUCAUACCUGUGUUCCACCUCUCAGUGCGGGGAAUGCAACAGUUCUUCUCUCACUGGCGACAUCACCUGUCAACCAGCGUAGCAGUGACAGACUUUUAAGAGAUUCCAGUCUUCCUCUACGGCAGAGAACAGGGCUGAAACACAGAACACAAAGACAACUUGAAACUGAAACGCAAGAAAUACAGGUUCAGCUCCUGGCUCUCCCAGACUUGUAUUGUGUCAUUGGAUUAAUCACUUAGUCAUUCUGUGCCUCCAUUGCCUGCCUUUUACAUGAGCAGUAAUAGCCCGUCUCACUGGGGUGUGGUGAGAAGUAUUUCAAAAUUUGCAAAUGUUGAAUGCCGCAUUUAGUAGGGUUAAGGAGAGAAGUAUGAUGAUUCCUUGAGGCUUUGACAUCUGCAAAGCAUCUUCCAGGAACCAAAGGAAAACCUGAAGUAAUUUGUCAAGUGUCAUCGUGCUACAGAUGUUACUAGCUCCACUUUUCCAUCUCACACAGCUAUCUGAAUUUUCCAAAGAAGUUUAGAAAAGAAUGAUGAAAAAUGAAAAGAUUUAAGGGAAAGCUUUUGAAUCUGGGAUAUAAAGAUAAGAAAUCUUUCAAAGAUUUAAGCAACUGCUGUGUGCUUCAGUGCAUGUGUGUGCCAUAAGUGGUAAGGAAAGUUUCCAAAGAGGAGGAGUGUCGGUUCCUGUUGUGCUUUUUUUUCUUCUUUUUUUUUUUUUUCUCCAUUAUAUAAAUCAUAUUCUGUUAAAGUUAAUCUGAAGGUACUGGAGACCACAUAAUUCGUUGUGCUUUUCCAUAGAGGAGUGCCUGGGUUUGACAUGCAGUUUGAAAUUAACUCUUUAUUACUCUACCCCUAUAAAGUAGGAGGUUUUGUUCCUCUUACUCUUGUGGCACUUCCAGCUCUGCUCUCGUUUCUUCCUGGGGUGCUUUGCCAUGCAGAGACAUAAAGUACAUUUUUUUGCUUUUCUUUGAAAAGUCAAGAAAUAGGAGGCUGACAGGUUGGCCAAACAGCCUUCCCUCUCUGUUGGAACAGUAGCCCCAGAUUAACCCAUCUGCCAAUCCAAAACUGAAUGAGCCCAAGGAGCUUGACUCUAUAGCUCAGCCAGCUAAGCUUUACGUUCAGUGGCACCACUGAAGUACCUGGGGCAAAAGCAAAGCAAAUACAAUGCAGCCUGUUCUCUCCUUAACCCUUAAACAGAGAGCUGUUCAGCUGUCAGGCUUUGCGAUCUCUUGUCCUUGCUGUCAAGAAAAGAUUUGUAAUCAGUUGAGGAAAGAAUGACUAAGUGGUUUUUGGACAUUUAUAGAGUGUGUCUGUGUUAAUAGGAGUUGCUGGUUUGGCUAUACCUGCAAAGCAGGCGCAGUUUAUACUGAGGCUGGGAGAGUGAGGAGGAAUUGUGAAAUUUUUGCUGGUGUAAUUGUUGGCAAAGACAGCAAUGAAUUACAGGAAUGUGGCAACAUGCAUAGACUGUAGUUUUGCUUCCUGUAGACACUUGCAGAAAAGAUUUGAAAUUUCAUUGGGUGCUCUAUCUUUUGUUUCUUAUGGAAAAAAAAAUGUAUUGCUUUGUGUUACCACAGAGCAUCUAUUGUCUUUUACCUCAUCAGAAUAGCUCAUCCCAGUGGUCAUGCUCCUGAGGUAUAGAAAUAACAGAGUGCUGAUACUGUCAGCUUUCAAACAUCUAUUUUAAGUUUGUAUCUAGGGUAUUUUUAUAUUUCUGAUUGAUUGCUUUAUUGGCUAUUGCACUGACACUUGUAUAUACAGAACGUGUGCUUUUUUUCAAAAGUAGAGUCCUUAGGAAUAAUGCAACACAUUCUCUACAGAUGUUCAUGCUCUUCAGAACCAAUUACAUCUAUUUUUGUCUUUUGUUCACCAUUUGCAUUGUUCCAAGACUACUACAGAAUGUGAUUCUUAAGUCCCUUAAUAAAGUGACAUUACUCAAAAAAGU